CAUGCUAUAAUGUAUUAAAGGUUUCCUAUACUAUACUUUACUACCCAACCUCCCAGUAUCCAGAUGAUGAAUCUCGGCUGGGUCCUUGAUGAAUCUACGAUGAUCUCGCUAGCCCUCCUCCUGAUUCUUCCAACCGCCCAUGCUCAGCUAGAUCCAUUGAAUCUGAACAGCAGUGGCCUUGAGUUCCUGGUGGCUUUCCCAGAAAACAUCGCUCACUACCAUCCCAUUACAUCUCUUAAGGCUAUUGAAAUCUUUUCCUUGGAAGGUGAGACUCUGGUUGAAUAUAAGUCAGAUGGAAUACCCAUGGAAAAUGAUGAAAUGAGUCGAGCAAAUACAAUAACUGUGUACAUGUCUGGUGUGGAGCUGCGGAGAAACCCAACCUCCAACAAAACCAUCCAAAUCAAAAGCAACAAGCCCAUCAUCGUCCGAAUCAUCAACAGCAAAGACCAAAGCAUCCAGACCUCUCUGGUAAAAGCGACUGACAAGUUGGGCAAAGUGUACAAGAUCCCACCAACACCCAGCACGAUAACAGAGAUCCUGGCGGAUCCUACAUCAGAGAUACCAGAGAGAUCCCCAUUCACGGUCAUCGUCAUGAACACUGGUGCAGCAAACGAUGUCCAGUGGAAAGGCGAUGGUGAUCAGACGGUUUCUCUCGCACCGUUUGAACUGGCUCAGUUCUGGAUGUCAAACGUGGCUGCGGAGUACGAGGUGGAUGCAACUGAGCCCGUGUCUGUUCUCUUUGGUCAUCCGUGCUUCACCAUCUUCAACUGCACCUGUGGGAUGAUGGUCACUCCUCUGGACCCAGAGAGUGCCACCGAGCUCAACUACUUUAUCCCACCUGAUUUCAUGACCGGUAGCGAAAAGCAAGCGGUUCUGCUCAUAGCGGGAAACCCUAGCCCUCUUCCCUACGAUCCGGACCACCCCACGGUGCAGUCCUUCGGCUCAGUGCUCUUCCACAUACCCGGCUUGCUGCUCAGCAUCUUGCCAGAAGAGGAAUUCGCCGCCUGUUUCCAGAUCCAUGGAAACCCCGACCUUGGGUCCAUUCCAAGAUUCGCUAUUCUCGUCGUCCACGAGGAUCACAAGAAAUUGGUUCAUCACGGGCUCAAUCCACUCGUUAAUCAAGUCUGGAACCCCAUCCUAACCACCGACUAUGUCUCUACUCGCGUCACACUACUGAACCUUUAUAAAAACCUCUUCUGGCACCCCAAAUCCAUGAUUGCCGUCUAUGAAUUGGGAAGCAACGAUACCACAUUGUUUGGAAACCCUGCCCCCAUCAUCAGCAAGUCCACAAGCCUGAAGGGCUGCGUCCUGGAUCCGGAGCUGGUUAACAUAGGAGUUAAAGAGAUGGGCUGGGUGGAGUCCAUCAAGUUCUGCCGGGGUCUGGGCCUAGAGCUGGCCGCCAUGGACGGUGUCGAGCUACGCUUCCUCGCCCCUAAACUCCACGCCAUGAACAAGACGCUGGAGCAGGUGUGGAUCGGCUACCGCCGGAGUUCUCUGACGGGCGACUGGUACCGGCUGAACAAGGAGGAGGUGUUGGUCACCCACUGGGGGAAGGGGGAGCCCGGGGGAGAAGAGGAGGGCCAGUGUGCCAUGAUGAGCCUGGACCCCAACAAAGACUUUGGCUGGAGCGACGAGAGCUACUGUACUUCUGCUGUGCCGCUGUGUUAUAAGCCCCCCAACCUCCUCCGAUAA